GCCUUCAAGAGCAGCGGCCGCGGCGGAGGCGGAGGCGGCGGCGGCGGCGGCGGCGGCGGCGGCGGCGGCUGCCCGGGCACGGUCCAUCCGCGCGCGCAUCCCUCGGGCACCCUGAGCAGCGGAGAGCUGGGCGGGCCGCGGGGGCCGCAGGACAGGAGUGGACAAAGCAAGAUGGCAGGGAUCUUAGCCUGGUUCUGGAACGAGAGGUUCUGGCUCCCGCACAAUGUCACCUGGGCGGACCUGAAGAACACGGAUGAAGCCACCUUCCCGCAGGCGGAGGACCUCUACCUCGCCUUCCCGCUGGCCUUCUGCAUCUUCAUGGUGCGGCUCAUCUUCGAGAGAUUUGUUGCCAAACCAUGUGCCAUAGCUCUCAACAUCCAGGCCAAUGGACCACAAAUUGCCCAACCCAAUGCCAUCCUGGAGAAGGUCUUCACUGCAAUUACAAAGCAUCCUGAUGAGAAGAGAUUGGAAGGCCUGUCCAAGCAGCUGGAUUGGGAUGUUCGCAGUAUUCAACACUGGUUUCGACAGAGACGUAACCAGGAGAAGCCCAGCACCCUGAACAGAUUCUGUGAGAGCAUGUGGCGAUUUUCAUUUUACCUUUACGUAUUUACAUAUGGAGUCCGGUUUCUGAAAAAGACCCCCUGGUUAUGGAAUACAAGGCACUGUUGGUACAACUACCCCUAUCAGCCACUCACCGCUGACCUUCAUUACUAUUAUAUCCUGGAGCUGUCAUUUUAUUGGUCUUUGAUGUUUUCCCAGUUCAUUGAUAUCAAAAGAAAGGACUUUGGCGUUAUGUUCCUGCAUCACAUUGUUUCUAUUUUCUUGAUUACCUUUUCAUAUGUCAACAAUAUGGCUCGAGUAGGGACCCUGGUCCUCUGCCUUCAUGAUUCAGCUGAUGCUCUUCUGGAGGCUGCCAAAAUGGCAAAUUAUGCCAAGUUUCAGAAAGUCUGUGAUCUCCUGUUUGUUAUGUUUGCCAUGGUUUUUAUCACCACACGACUGGGCAUUUAUCCUAUCUGGGUAUUAAAUAGCACAUUGUUUGAAAGCUGGGAAAUAGUUGGACCUUACCCUUCCUGGUGGGUGUUUAACCUACUGCUGUUGCUAGUACAAGGCCUGAACUGCUUCUGGUCAUACUUGAUUGUAAAAAUAGCUUGCAAAGCUAUCUCAAAAGGCAAGGCUGGGAAGUGGAACCCUUUACAUGUGUCCAAGGAUGACCGAAGUGAUAUUGAGUCUAGCUCAGAUGAGGAGGAUUCAGAACCUCCUGGGAAGACCCCCAACUCUGCAACCACCACCAAUGGUACAAGCGGUACCAAUGGAUAUCUUCUGACCGGCCCUUGCUCCGUGGAUGAUUAAUCAUGGAAAAGUACAAGUCCUGAACAAAGUGAACAGUUUGUUUCUGGAAGUAUUUAAUAAAUCACAAAUGCAGUUCCUUUCACCAUAUUUCAGCACCAGAAAUAAAAAUUAGGAUUAUCAAAGCAUUUUGAAUAGUGCACUGCCAUGUGUCCUGUCUGUGAAUGAAGAAAAAUUAUCAUUCUCUAUAUGUAGGCAUGCUGUAUGUAAUUGACACAAGGGAACAGUAUUUGCAUAUGUACUGUCUUAGAAUAUUAUUUAUUUUUUUCUAUUUGUUUGUAAAUUUGUGGACAAAAGAGGGUUUCCUCACUCCUUUUGACUCUCUGGGUUUUUGACAGUGAGAGAGAUGCUCUGUUUGCUUCCACCCUUUUCUCUUGCUGUAACCCAGUUUUCUAGGAGUAUCAGCUUAAUUUGUCAGAGCAAGCCAAACUAAGUGCAAAGUUCUUGUACAGCUUCAGAUAGGUUUGCUUUCUUUUGUUACAGUGCCCGUAGUGAGAUUUCCUACUCAGUCUCAGUGGCCCUUUGCCCCCUACCAAGUUUAGGCAUGAUGAGCUAGUACUUGGCAGUUGUCAAUCUUCA